AGCGGUCUCUAGAACGGACCCUCCGCACUUGCCACGAGUACGAACACCAGGCGUCAUGUAGUAAUCUACCUCGCCUAUCAGCUCGUAUUGAGCAUGCCACGAGUCUGUAGCUCAUUUCUGAUUUUCUCAACACCAAAUCACUUCACCAGCAACCCCAAUGGCUCCUUCAAUCGCUGUCCCCACGCCUUCCAGCAUGAGCUACCGUUUUCUCGGCAACUCCGGCCUGCUCGUGUCCAAGCUCGGACUCGGUAGUUGGAUGGAAUAUGGCGAGACGAAAAGCGCAGAACUCUGGUACGAGAUCAUGAAAACUGCGUAUGAACAUGGCAUCAACUUCUUUGACAACGCGGAUUCUUACGGCAUGGGCCUCGGAGAGGAGUACACGGGGACUGCUAUCAAGAUGGGCAUCAACGAUGGCACUUGGAAACGCGAGGACCUCGUGAUCGCCACCAAACUCGGUAUGGGAACCAAGGGUUUCCAUGGAGGCUCGGGUCCCAACGACCAAGGUUUGGCUCGCAAGCACAUCGUCGAAGGCUUGAAGGCGUCGCUCAAGCGGAUGAAUCUGGACUAUGUCGACGUCCUCUACUGCAUCCGACCGGACCCGUACACCCCUGUCGAAGAGACUGUCCGAGCCAUGAACUACGUCAUUGAACGGGGUUGGGCCUUUUACUGGGGAACGAGCCAGUGGCCCGCACCACUGAUCAUGGAGGCGUGCGAGAUCGCUGACCGCCUUGGUCUCAUUCGCCCAGUCGUGGAGCAACCCAUCUACAACAUGCUCAACCGCUCGAGAGUGGACCACGAAUACCUCCACCUGUACAAGAAGUACAAGCUGGGUCUCACAACCUGGGCUCCUCUUUCGAGUGGAAUUCUCACGGGUAAACAUUCCAACGGGACGGUCAAGGGAACUCGCAUGGACAUCCCUGUCAUGAAGGCGUUCGUCGGUGAAUAUGACCAACGCGUUGCCAAUGCUGAUAAGCUGAAGCCUGUCGCCGAGGAGCUUGGGGUGUCACUGCCGGAACUUGCCAUCGCCUGGUGCAUGAGCAACGAGAACGUAUCGUCGGUUCUCAUCGCUGCCAGAAAUUUGGCGCAGCUGAAGCAGAACCUGAAGGCACUGUCAGUUGUAGAGAAGGUCACGCCCGAGGUCAAGGCCAAGAUUGAGUCUCUUGUGCCGUUCGUGCCGGAGGUCGCGAAACCCGACGGAACGGAGAAGCGCAGGACCAAGUUUUUGUAAGCUGUGCUCUUGACUCCGUUUCGUCUCCCCCAGGUAUUGAAGGGAAAAUUGAUCACAGGAAUCGACAAACCGGGCAUGAACGAUCUGGAUCCUCGGAAACCCGCUCAAUCGAUACACUUCGUCCAACUUGUGCCCAACGGGAACGAAGUUAACAACAAGCAUCCGGUCGACGUUGAACAGUUGUCUGUACUCAUCUGCUUGCUUCACGGCCACCUCAAUCUCUAAUUGAUUUGACUUCAGCACGUACGCGAUUCGGACCCCAUUGGCGACAAGAAUAUCGGCUCUCCUUGGGCUGCCUGUAGUUUUUGCUUCGGCAUAAAUACCCCUGGUCAGUGCUCUUUUCUUCAACAAAUCCCGAAUUGUCGAAUAUAGCUCGUGAUGAAAUGAACUCGAUGCUUGUCGAUUCCUCACACGAUGAUUUGAAAUGAUGUUGGGGUACACUUGUCGAAGUGCAACAGACAAGUGGAGUACUGGGUCAUCGGUAUUAGCAGCUUGAUGAAUUACCUGCUCGGGGAGCGCUUCAACACAGACUCGACACAUCAUCUCAGACACAAUGGUUAAUUCACCACUGCUUCCUUGAACUACAAUCCCUAUUCUCAGUAAUCGGUCAACAAGUCGCCUUUCCUGAUCACCCCUGAUUGCAAUGCCACAGUACCUCUCGACGGUGCUAGCCGUCAAACUCCCAUCUGCUCAAGUAUGUACUUGAGUGCUUCCCACUCCAACUCAGUCAAGCUACGCAGGUCGCCUUGUAUGUGGUCAUAGAUGGUGUUGUACUGCUUCAAGUACCCUGAAAAUGCAUCCAUUUUGAACCAAGGCUCCCAAUCCAGAGCCCACUUGUCAUUAUCAACCUCAAUAGUUUUUUUUUAUAUAUAUUUCUGACAUUAUAUGCC